GAGCGCUCAGUCUCGCGACGACAACUGUGCUGUGAAGAGAUCACGCGAGAUUAAAUCGUUGUACUCUAUAAUGUUUGUUUUUGUAAUAUGUAACUUGAGCAACGUAUUUUUAUCUCGUAAAGUGUACGGUACAUGAAUUUCGUAUGUGUUAUUAAUGUUUACAUCGAAUUAGUGUUUUAUAUCGUCACAACGAUGGGUGAUGAUGAAUUGUCUUACAACGUAUUUUACUUAUUACUGAGAAAUAAGUAUAGAAAAAAAUACGACCAUGCAUUGACUAAAUGUUGGACUAUUUGCGUGCCGAUUGGGGAUUCGCUCAGGGAUAUUUCUAUCACGGAAAAAUUUGUCGAUGAUCACAUCCUGAGACCGCUUCCAGGUUCGAAUACGCAAUUUUUAUCAACCGAUGAGAAAGAAUCACACCUGUACCAAAUUAGAAACGGCGCUUUGAAAUUAAUUAGCGAUGAUCAAUCGAGCGACGAUUACGAAGUCAAAUUAACAUCGAUUGAGAAGGGAUACAAUAAGGAAUUUCAGCCAUAUAAUAUUGUGAUCAUUGAUAAACCUAUUCAUAAAAAGUACCGAGUGUUUUCGAAAAAGUCCCGAUCGGGUGAAUUGCGCCUGGAUACUUCAAUCACGACUUACAAACAGGCUGUCGAUUUUUUAAAAGAUUUAAGGAACGACAAAUUCGACCUUCUCCACAAUUUGGAAUCUGAUAUCAAGAAGAUGGAAGCGUUGAAACUCACAGAUGUCAAGGAUAUUCAAACCAUUUUACAAAAAUUAAUACGCGACUACUGGGCGAGCACGAUGCGAAGACAAAGUUUAGACAUUCAACGCGACGCUCGCUUUCAAAAAUUGUUGAGUUUGUCGUUAGAAAUAUUCGUGAUGCAUCAGUUACAUGACAGUGUAUAUCCUGUACUUAUCAGUUUGUUGGAACCGGGCGAUUUGCUCGUGAAAAAUAAAAUCGACCAGUUGAUCGACGUCAGUGUUUCACCAGACCAAUUGGGAGUUAAAGAAUCAUUAGUUGUAUCAUUACCGUCUGCGAUGGUUGAACUUGCGGCUUUGGAUACCCGUGAAGGACCUUGGGAAAAGCUGAUGUGUUUGAAAGAAACUUUGGAUUUCAUUGUCGCUGAAAUCAAAGGUGCUGUGGCUGAUGUAAAAUCGAGAAAUGAAUCGUUGAACGACAACGACGCCGAUUUAGAAACUUGUGUGUUAGAAACUACCGAUUUGAUUUCGUUACUUCUUUACAUCAUUGUUAAGUGUCGAUCGCAAAGACUUCGCACAGACUUGUACUACAUUGAAAACUUUAUUUGGUCUAUAUCACCUAACGACAGUUUUUCAUAUACUAUCGUGACGUUCAAAGCUGCUCUGCAAUUACUCGAAAAUAUCGAUAUAAAUGAUCUGCCAGAAAGGAAUGACAAAGUGAAGACAGAGCUAAAGAUGGGCGAUUUAUUACAAAUUGUUGAGAAAGACGAACCAAAGAUACCGCUAGAUAGACAAAUGUAUUGUUUGGUUAAGAUGUUGGAAGAAUGUACUACUCAGAAUUAACUAGACAAGAGUUUGCAUGUAUGUUUUGGAUAAUUCAAUUUUGUUGAAAAGUAUGACUGUCAUUUGUUUUAUAAAUCAAACCAUUAGUUGUAUUUUUAGUAAUGAUAUGUGAAUAUUUUACUAAUUUAUUAUAGUGCUUAAGAGCUUUAAAUAAACACAAUUUUUU